AUAAUCGUUCAUCUCUAAUUGGAAACAUUUUGUGUGCGAAAUUCGCUGAAGUCUUAAGGGUUUAUUAUUAUAAAAAAAUAAUAAUGUCUAUGACCAAACUUUUUUCCGUGGCGAAAGGAAAACUACAACUACAGUGACGGUGUAAUUGGACUGCAUGAGGAGAUCAAUCAUUACUAUCAAUAUAUAUUGCCUACGCCUUGUGAGCACGUGGUUCGCAAUGAACUUGUAAAACGAAUUGAGGCCAUGGUUCACAAUUUGUGGCCGCUGGCUGUAGUUGAGAUCUUUGGUUCUUUUCGCACUGGGCUACUUUUGCCCAACUCGGACAUCGAUAUUGUUAUCAUAGGUCUAUGGGAGAAGCUGCCUCUGCGCACCUUGGAGUCUGAGCUGAUUGCCCGCAGAUUUGCCGAGAGCAGAACAAUGCAUGUAUUAGACAUGGCUCAAGUGCCGAUAAUUAAGUUCGUCGAUUGCGAAACCAAGAUAAAAGUAGACAUAUCCUUCAAUAUGGCAAGUGGCGUACAUUCCGCCGAGCUAAUCAAAUUGUUUAAACGAGAAUAUCCUGUGCUUGGCAAGCUUGUGAUGGUGGUAAAGCAAUUUCUGCAGCAACGUGGCCUAAACGAAGUCUUCAGCGGUGGCAUCUCGUCAUAUUCAUUAACCAUUAUGUGCGUCAGCUUUCUGCAAUUGCAUCCGCGCAAAGUAGUGGCUAGUACAGCAAAUCUUGGUGUGUUGCUCUUGGAAUUCUUCGAGCUGUAUGGAAGCCGUUUUAGCUACACAAAUAUUCAAAUCUCCGUAGAGAAUGGCGGCAGUUAUCGUAGAGCUCCCUUGACAUCCAUCUCGCAAAUAUUUCUACCUGAUCCAUUGAAUUUAGAAAACAAUAUCGGUCGUGCCACCAAUCGUAUUAUGGCUAUUAAACAGGCAUUCCGUUGGGCCUUUGAAGUGCUCAGCUUGUCGAUCAAUUCAACGCAAAGAAAUAACAAUUCAAUACUUGGUCAAAUUAUUCAUUUUAAUAAGGAAGUCGUUGAUCAACGUACUUGGUUGCACAAGACUUUUGGUCAUCUUAUUGUGGUGAAGCCGAACGAUGAUGAAAGUACAAUCUCACAGCCUAUUGAGCCGAAUUCUUAAAUAUGAUACAAUUUUAAAAAAUUGUCACGCUUUUUUGUACUAACAAAAAUGUUAUUAAUGUGCAGCUUCUGAAAAAUGUACCAAGUGAAACAACAAUGACUGUUCAAAGAACUUACAGAAACUAG